UUUGUUUGAUUUAGAGGUAUUUAAAUUAAGAGUCAUUUUUAAACGCUAUGCAGGCGCCGAUAUCAAGCGGUGAAUAGAGGAUGGAUCUUUUGAAUCAACUUUGCAUUUAUUGCUUCCGCAGUGACGAAAUCCUAAUUGAUCAAUUUGGAAACAAUUAGUUUCUAGUUCUUGUCAUUUGGUGGUUUAGGACUUCGCCGAUUGGCCACUAACUGGCGGUCAUUAGUGAAGGUGAAUUUAACUAAUCCGGGCACAGAUAUAUAAGCUGACUAACAAUGGGACGCGUCCUGAAGUUAACAAACACUUUAAAACGGACUACCACAUUUUCUUUUUGAAUUGUUCUUGUAAGUCUUUUAGCCAUCAGAGGUUAGCAGAAACGUCAUUGUCAAUACCAAUGAGAAUCAUGCAGCAACAAAGAGAAGACAUUAAUCAUCCGCUGUUGCCAUGGGAGCCCGGUUUCAAACGAGCAUCACACGUGAUCAGCAUCAAACACAGGGACGCCGCAAACAAAAAACCUAGACAUAGAACAACGUUUACGCCAUACCAGCUAGAGGAGAUGGAAAAGGCGUUCCGCCGCGCACCGUACCCGGAUGUAGUGACGCGAGAUGAACUAGCUCAGCGAUUGGACCUUCAUGAAACACGUGUCCAGGUUUGGUUCCAAAACCGACGUGCCAAAUGGCGAAAGGGUGUGUCACCGUCUAUUAGGGUGGAACAUGAGCCAGUUGUUGGCACCAAGAAGCCAGAGCCAAUAAAAAUGCCAGAGACAUCUCCUACUACACGUGACCAAUCCCUUUCGCCGUCGGCAAACCAAUGGAAUCCUUGGUCUCUUCCUGGACGUUAUGUCUGGUAUGCUGGUUGGAUGCCGGGAACGCCGCCAUACCCGUGGACGCAUCCUUCUUCAGGAUUGGCUCUUUCAAAGUCACAUGACGCGUGCAGUGCCGGUUAUCUCCAUGGCAAAGUAGAGACCAAAAAUGAGAUUCCUGGCUCUAGGGGUUAUGUGACGUAAUGUACAUAUAUAGAUUCAAAAUGAUAUAUAUUAUAUGCAAUAAAAUAUGUUUCUUAUCGACAACUAACUGUUUCAUAUCGACACCUGUUUCUUAUCGACAACUGACUGUUUCAUAUCGACAACUGUUUCUUAUCGACAACUAACGGGCGGAGGUAUAGAUACUUUCCUUACUUGAACGCCACCUUGUGUACAAAAUAAAAAUAGAAAAUAAAAUGGUGGUCAGUUUAAAGGGACAUCCCUGAGUUUGCUGCAAUUUUUAACCUAGUACAAAUAUUAGAAUGAUCAGAAACACGUUUAAUAUACAGCCACUAAUAUUUUAAGCUGAAAAAUAUAUUUGAGAUGUAAUUACAAUCACUAAAAAGUCUUUAGUUAGUCGAUAUCAUCUUAAAAAGUGCAGCAAACUCAGGAAUGUCCCUUUAAUAAUAUACUGUAAAUCGGGAAAAUAAUGCGUAAUGAUAUUACUGCGUUGGGACAAGCACACAUUAAAAUGCUUAUUUUUUUAUUAAUGCGUCUGGUAAAUGCAAUGUUAAAUUAUCACACAACAAAAAAAACAAAUAUUGAGUGUGUGUGCCCAGGAUAGCGUGCUUGAACCUUAAUUGGAUAUAAGCACUAAAAUAAGUUUGAAAUGAAAUGAAAUGUUGACAUAUAACAGCAGGCCUAUACGACGUGUUUUGGUUUUUGCAUUGUAGUUUUUCUUUUAUUCCGUGAUAGUAUUAUCUGUUAAAAUAUUAUGUGCCAAUUAUACAUCUCUCGCAUUUUUCGCAUUCAUAUCUUACUCGCAUUAAUUUCAUGAUUUACAGUACUCUAGUUGAUGGAUAUUUAUUUUCGUUUAUGUAUAUAAAAAUCUUGAUGAUCUAAUAAAAUACGUUGGCAAAU